GGGGGAUUUUGCUCGUACCCCACAUCGUGGUGCGGAGGGAGGCUGAGGGGUGGGGGGUGAGGUGGAGGUUCUGUUCGUCGCCCGCGACGUGGGGGCGGGGGAGAUUCUGCUCGCCGGCCGCUCGUCGGACGGCGCGACGGCGCGGACGAGCAUGGCGCGCCGGCCCACAAGGAGACAGGUGGCACCGGGUUCGUCUCCGGCUCGAGACCACGGCCGUUGGGGCGCGCCUCUUCUCCGAUCUGCAGGCUCUCGCGGGGAACCUAUCGACUUCGUUAGACGAGGAGGAGAGGAGCAACUGCCUGCACUCGAUCCUCCUCACUUCCUCAGCGGCGACGAUUCUGGGCGAGGGGUAUCGGCAGUCGAGCUCCUCUCGUCGCCGGCGAAGUCUACGCGCGCGCGCGCCCUCCUGUGGUUUGUUCCUUUUUUUCGUUCUGCUCUUCCGGUGAUUUCUCCCCUUUUUGCAGAAGGCCCUGCUGUUGAAAUAGCUAAUACUGCGCUCGGGCGCUCUUUUGCGGCUGCAUUCCUUGAUUUUCCCGGCCGAUAGGGGUGUGAUUUGGGGCCACGGUAGCUGAAGGGUGUGCUUCAGUCUCCGAUUGGCAGGGGAAUAAGUGGUUAGGGACUAGGGAAUGGAGAUUGAAGAGUGCGGAUUGGUUGGUGGAUGUGAUUUUGACUUGUUUGGUCACUUUUUUGCUUGAAGAGUGUGAGCUGGUUGGUGUUAGAUCUGUUUCUAUAGGGCAAAAUUUGGAACUAAGAGAGGAAAAUUUGGUGAAAUGCAAGGAUUAGUGCACAGGGAAGUCUCUACAGAAGAAGCAUUAUUAGCUAUUUCCUCACCCUUUCCCCACUAGGUCAUUCAGGUGUAUUUUUGUGUGUUGUGAUUGCUUCAGUUUUGGUUCAAUGAUUCUGGAGCAGCUUAUGGUUAGUAUUGAGGCAUGUGUUCAUGACUUGCCAAUUUUUCAGUCAAAUUCUGAAGAUAAUAUACUCAGUUACUUAACAUAUAUUAAAUACUUGAUGAUAAAACAUUCUGAAGAUAUUUGUCUUGGUCAAGUGUCUGUUAGGCCAAAUUUGAGAUUAGUGUCAGUUUUGUUUCCAAUUAGUUUCAGAAUAGUCUCAGUUAUGAUGCUGAUUUAGCGAAGUUCCAAAGUCUGUGCCAUAGUCCAUCGGUCAGUUGCUGAAUUUUUGAAUUCAAUGUCGAGUUGCAAAUACGAACCAUGUAGAAUGACCUGAUUAUUAAAGUUAUACGACCUUCUGGAUAAAGCAAGCUCGAGCCCUUAAAUGGACUAUAGGGCUUGUUUUCAGAAUGAGAAGCCCCAUGGUUAGUCUAAUGCAAGUCAAAUAGCACAUAUUUGUCAGCGCAAUUUUGAUCAGUUUAAGGUUUUUUUGGUCACAGUUUAAUUUCUGCUCUCUAAACUGAAGAGUACAUCCUUUUUUUUCUGUUUCGCAAGCUGGUAGAAGUUAACAUCUACACAGAGAACUUAACAAUUACGAAAAAAAAUUCAGUCACUGUAUCUUCAGUUUUUUGUAAGUCUCAGAACUGACACUUAAAGUCCAAGAUCCAUCUUAGGUUAAUUCAAAUCAUCACGUUUUUCAGUGCCGCAAUGACUAUUUUGUCUAGUUAGUUAAGUUGUACUCCCUCUGUCCCAUAUUAAGUGACUCAAAUUUGCGCAAAUAUGGAUGUAUCUAUACCCAAAAAGCGUCUAGAUACAUGUAAUAUUUCGUCACUUAUUAUGGGAUGGAGGGAGUAGUAGCUGAAGUUUGAGUCUAAGCGGUGAGAGUUUCUUGUGUUUAUUAUCAUGCAGUGAGAGGUCUUAGAAGUUGAUUUUCAACUUGUUUUUGUCCGAACAACUCCAUGGAUCUACCUUUUUCACAAUAAAUAAAAGGGGAGAGCAUUGAAUAAGGGAUCUUCCUCCAUGAGCAUCGAGUACAUGAUUCUGUCGAUUCUGCAUUGGGUUGGCCAGGUGAUGAUUUUCUGCUGUAAUGCUCAGCUGAUCUUUUUUUUCAUUGAUGUUCCCAUUUUUCUGUUAUGUGUGUUUCGUCUGUUGUUUUGCCACUCCUAUCAAUCUCUCGAUCGGUCUGGCAUCGCUUUCGUGUGUAGCUCAAGUUGGUCUUUUAUGAAGCUGCAAUGUGCGUUUUGGCUUGGUUUCACGUUUUUUUUUUGUAGCAGGCUGGGUUCCUGGGCUGCUUAUGGGUUGUUUUCGAGCUGUUGUAGCCUUAUUUUUCUUCUCCGCAGCCUUUUAACGGGUUUCUUCCAGUCCCGGUAGGCCUUUUUUAGGCCCAAUUGAGGGGACAGAUGUCGGCUUCUGUUUGCCCCAUCUGCGCUGCUGCUGCCAAUGGAAAUGUAUCAUCUGGAGAUACAGAUUUAAAUAUCGGCAAACCAUGCAAUGAUGAAGCCCCUGCCGUUGAUUGCGAAGCCCUGGUUCAUCUGGAGCCAUCCAUUAGGUUAUGGAGGUAUAGAUCUCUCCUAAAUCAACCCCUCUUUAUUUUUGCUCUGAACUUGCCUGUCUUUUGUUUUGCCGCAAGGGCCCUUGUCAAGUCUGCAAAAAGCCAAAUGGCCCAUGCAGGAUUAAAGACAAGGAGAAGAGCUCCUUCUGCAUCUACACCGUUGACAUGUUUCAUGACCAUGUGAACAUCCCCUGCUAUAUCUGUGAGCAGUUCAACAAGCUAUGUCCGUGCCGACGUAACUUUGUUAUGCGGAAGCAAGUGCGGGCAGCUUGUUGCUGACCAUGGGAUUGCCUUGGGCAACUGUCUAAUAUUCCAUUUUCCAAAGGAAUGCAAGCGCACCUUUGUCAUUCAGCCCACAAACAAGAAGCGGAAGAAUAAGAUGAUUAUUGACAAAUCAGUCUCUGCUGUAGAUUUCAAUUAUGACAUUGAUUACAAGCUAGAAGGUGUUGUUAUCUCAAACAGCAUGACUCUUUCUAAUAAGGCGCGGGCCAAUUUGCGCGCUCAUGUUAUGGACAGCGGUGCUGGUGCAGGAGCUAUUUUUGUAAAUCAAUUAUCACAAACCAACAUUAAGCAAGGCAUGUGAUAAAUGCUAUUUUUUGCUUGCCUUCUGUUUACUUUGGGCUGUCCUGGAAGGAUUUUUUUUUCCAGUAUGAAUGUCUAUGCAUACAAGCCAAGAGUCAGCAGCGCCUCCUAAAUCCUAAUCAUAUCGAACGCCGUCCCCGCGGUUCCAACCUUCCUCCGCGCGCGCGCGCUAGCUCUCGGCAGGAAAUGGCGCCGAUUCGGGUGCUGACGGCGCUGGACCACGCGCGGACGCAGUACUACCACUUCAAGGCCAUCAUCAUCGCCGGCAUGGGGCUCUUCACCGACUCCUACGACCUCUUCUGCAUCGCGCCCGUCAUGAAGAUCAUCGGCCGGGUUUACUACCCGCCUUCUUCUCCCGGAGGCGGGAAACCGGGCGUGACGCCUCCCGUCGUCGUGUCGGCCACAGUCGGCGUGGCCCUGCUGGGCGCCGUGGUGGGGAACCUGGUGUUCGGCGCGCUGGGCGACCGCGUGGGCCGGCGUCGCGUGUACGGGCCAUGCCUGCUGCUUCUCGUGUGCAGCUCGUUGGGGAGCGGCUUCUCCGUGUGCCGCACGCGCCGCUGCGUGCUCUCCAGCCUCUGCUUCUUCCGCUUCCUCCUCGGGGUCGGCGUCGGCGGGGACUACCCGCUGUCGGCCACCAUCAUGUCCGAGUUCGCCAACAAGCGCACCAGGGGCGCGUUCAUCGCCGCCGUGUUCUCCAUGCAGGGGUUCGGGAUCCUGGCCAGCUCCGGGGUCACCAUGGUGGUGGCUGCUAUCUUCGACCGGGUCACGGGGCACCCGGCCCCGCUGGACACGCCCGAGGCCGCUGAUCUCGCCUGGCGUGUCAUACUCAUGGCUGGCGCCGUUCCCGCCGGGCUCACCUUCUACUGGAGGAUGGCCAUGCCGGAAACUGCCAGGUUUACGGCUCUGGUACAGCACGACGUACAGAAAGCGACCAACGACAUCGGCCGUGUCCUGACCGACCUGGACCUGAACCCAAUAGCAGAGGAGGAGCAAGCUUCGGCCAUCCCCCGAACCCCGGAACCGUUCGCCUACGCCGCGACGGCCCCGCACUACGGCAUCUUCUCGCGCCGGUUCCUCGCGCAGCACGGCCGGAACCUGCUGGGCUGCGCGCUGGCGUGGUUCCUGCUGGACAUCCCCUACUACAGCAGCACGCUGUUCCAGUCCCAGAUCUACCAGCCGUGGUUCCCGGCCGCGGGCCGCGUGAACGUGUUCCAGGAGGCCUACAACGUGGCCAGGUUCCAGGCCAUCAUCGCCGUGGCCUCCACCAUCCCGGGGUACUUCGCGGCGGUGCUCCUCAUCGACCGCGUGGGCCGGCGCCGGCUCCAGAUGGCCGGGUUCUUCCUCAUGGCCGUCUUCCUCUUCGCUCUCGCCGGUCCCUACGACCACUACUGGCGCGGCAACGCCAAGAACGCCUGGUACAUCGUGCUCUACGCGCUCACCUUCUUCUCCGCCAACCUGGGGCCAAACACGACCACUUUUAUUCUGCCCGCUGAGCUCUUCCCGGCGCGGUUCCGCUCCACGUGCCACGGGAUAUCCGGCGCGGCCGGGAAGGUGGGCGCGCUCGUGGGGUCCGUGGGGUUCCUGUGGGCGUCGCAGGCCAGGGAUAGAGGGCAGGUGCAGGCUGGGUACGAGCCGGGCAUCGGCAUGAUGUACGCGCUGGUUAUCCUCGGCGGGAUCAGCCUGCUCGGGCUGGCCGUCACCUACGUGCUCACGCCGGAGACCAUGAGGCGUUCGCUGGAGGAGAACGAGAGCGAGCCGGGUCAGGCUCAUGCUGGCGAGCUGGCAGCUGAUGCCGACGGCGGGGUGAUGCGGUUGCAAGAAAUAAAUGUGACACCCAAGAGCCCCGCGUCCAUGCUGAGCUCGCAUGUCAGCACGUCGCCUAUCCAUCCGCACCGCUUCUCGGUUUGAAAUGGAACUCGAAAACUUAGCAAGACGCAAGUAUGCAGGAUGGAACAUGUUUCGUUUUGAUUUCAUCUUUUUCUUUCUGGGUGUGGCUAUAUAUAUCAGUUUCUUGAUUAUUAUUUUUAAGAAUAGGGCUUAAAUCUCAGUUGAAAGACCAGAAACGUCUGAUUUUGGCACUCUCCUCUUUCUAA